AUGAAUAACACCCUAUUGAUUUCUUGCUCGCUACUCCCAAAGAAAGACUUCCCUGAGCUCAUCACGGCUCAAUGGAAGACGUUUGAGAAUCACCUGCACGGCAUCUUCCGCCUCUUAUUCUCCAUUGAGGAUGGCGAUUUGGAAAAGGAAUCUCCAGAAAAGUAUCGAGAACUAGCGCGCAUCUCUCAUCAGCGAGCAGCCGACGAUCAAGUGGAUCAAAGUGUAGAGAAGGAACGGAUUGCCGCCGCUGCCAAGUGGUAUUUCUUCGACAAUGCCAGCUUUUUAGCCAAUCACCCUCCGGUCGAGGUUGACUGGCAUUCUGAAGGUGUGACCAGGAGCCUUGUAGCCCAGGCUGUGCAGCAACAUGAGCAGCCACGACACGAGAUGGUCCAAGGGCCACAUGCAUACCUUCCCAUUGGCUUCACGGGACCCGAGUCUCAAUGGCAAGGUUUCGGCAGUAAGUGGUUGGAAUGGAGACUUGGGGAGGCGGACCGAUUGGGGCUGGAGAUCAAAUUGGAUGCUACCGAUCCAGGUGUACCUCUCUACGGAAAAUACAACUUUCAGGUAGUCAAGACGCAUGAGCUGAGGCUGGUAAUGCCCGUGAAUUUGACUAGGAGUGAGGUGGAGGAAUGGAAACGCUGUGAAGAGGAAUUCGUACCCAUUCGCGGGACUGUGAUGGUACGCUUUUCAAGUGGCGUUCCGGCUGAGAGCAUGGUGGUUAAAGGAAAUUAG